AUGCCGACCAGCUUCACGGUGGUGCCGGUGGAGGCGCAGGGCGAGGAGCGGGGGCCGGCGGAGCGGGAUGGGCAGCGGCAGGAGGAGGAAGAGGACGACGAGAGGGACCGGGGCUCCGGUGAUGGGAUUGCCAGGGAAAGUAGUCCAUUUAUUAACAGUGCAGAGAUGGACAGAGGAAACAUGUAUGAAGGAAAGAAUAUGGCUCUCUUUGAGGAAGAAAUGGAUAGUAAUCCCAUGGUGUCAUCUCUUCUUAAUAAACUAGCAAACUACACUAAUCUGACUCAAGGCGUGGUGGAACAUGAAGCAGAUGAAGACAGCAAGCGAAAGGAAGUCAAGGUUCCACGUAUGGGCACUUUUAUUGGUGUGUACCUGCCCUGCUUGCAAAACAUCUUGGGAGUCAUUCUUUUCCUACGUUUAACAUGGAUUGUGGGAACAGCUGGAGUUCUCGAGUCUUUCAUCAUUGUGUUUAUGUGCUGUGCUUGUACUAUGCUAACUGCAAUUUCAAUGAGUGCAAUAGCAACAAAUGGUGUAGUUCCCUCUGGAGGCUCUUACUACAUGAUUUCAAGAUCUUUAGGGCCAGAGUUUGGUGGAGCAGUGGGACUUUGUUUCUACCUGGGUACAACCUUUGCAGGAGCAAUGUACAUUCUUGGUACCAUUGAAAUUUUAUUGACCUACAUUUCUCCAAGUGCUGCUAUAUUUAAAGCAGAAGAGGCUGGUGAAACGGAGGCUAUGCUGAACAACAUGAGAAUUUAUGGAACGUGUAUUAUCAUUCUGAUGGCCAUAGUAGUUUUUGUGGGAGUAAAGUAUGUCAACAAACUUGCACUGGUCUUCCUUGCCUGUGUGAUUCUUUCCAUCAUUGCCAUAUAUGCUGGAGUUAUUAAGACUGCUUUUGACCCACCUGAUUUUCCUAUCUGUCUCCUUGGAAACCGUACAUUGUCAAAACGCAACUUUGAUGUCUGUGCGAAAUUUACUGAAAGCAAUAAUGAAACGAAGACUACAACUUUGUGGAACCUAUUCUGUGAUAGUUCUUUGCUUAAUGCUACAUGUGAUGACUACUUCAGUCUCAAUAAUGUAACUGAAAUUCAAGGGAUUCCAGGAAUAAUGAGUGGAGUUCUAGCUGAUAAUCUGUGGAGUACCUAUUCAGAAAAAGGAUCAAUAGUUGAGAAAAAAGAUCAGCCAUCAGUUGCUGGAUCAGAAGAGAUAAAAAUGGGUGGACUCCCUUAUGUUUUUACAGACAUCAUGACCUACUUCACAAUGCUUGUAGGGAUUUAUUUCCCAUCUGUGACAGGUAUUAUGGCAGGUUCAAACAGAUCUGGAGAUCUUAAGGAUGCUCAGAAGUCUAUUCCUACUGGAACAAUUUUGGCUAUUUCAACUACGUCUUUUAUUUAUCUCUCCUGUAUAGUGUUGUUUGGUGCCUGUAUAGAAGGUGUGAUAUUAAGAGAUAAGUUUGGAGAAGCAGUUAAUGGAAAUCUAGUGGUUGGUACACUGGCCUGGCCUUCUCCAUGGGUUAUUGUGAUUGGUUCAUUCUUUUCAACAUGUGGUGCUGGUCUCCAGAGUCUCACUGGUGCACCCCGUCUGUUGCAGGCCAUUGCAAGAGAUGGCAUUGUACCGUUUAUUCAAGUAUUUGGUCAUGGAAAAGCAAAUGGAGAACCAACUUGGGCUCUGCUUCUCACUGCUGGUAUUUGUGAAAUAGGAAUUUUGAUAGCCUCAUUGGACAGCGUAGCACCAAUUCUUUCAAUGUUUUUCCUUAUGUGCUAUAUGUUUGUAAAUCUGGCUUGUGCAGUUCAGACGCUUUUACGGACUCCCAACUGGAGGCCUCGUUUCAAGUAUUACCAUUGGACUCUCUCAUUCCUGGGGAUGAGUUUAUGUCUUGCCUUGAUGUUCAUUUGCUCUUGGUACUAUGCUUUGAUUGCCAUGCUAAUCGCAGGAUGUAUAUACAAAUACAUAGAAUAUAGAGGAGCGGAAAAAGAAUGGGGUGAUGGAAUCCGAGGACUGUCUCUGAAUGCAGCUCGCUAUGCUUUGCUUCGUGUUGAAGACGGUCCUCCUCACACCAAGAACUGGAGACCUCAACUUUUGGUCCUGUUAAACCUGGACAGUGAGCAGUUGGUGAAACAUCCUAGAUUGCUUUCUUUCACCUCUCAGUUGAAGGCUGGUAAAGGACUGACUAUCGUGGGCUCUGUGCUUCAGGGAAUCUUCUUGGAUAAAUGCACAGAAACUCAGAAAGCUGAGGAGAACGUUAAGGCCUUAAUGGGAGUAGAAAAGACUAAAGGAUUUUGCCAGAUUGUGGUGUCUCCUAAUUUCAGAGAUGGAAUAUCCUAUUUGAUUCAGUCAGCUGGUCUAGGAGGGAUGAAGCACAACACAGUCCUGAUGGCAUGGCCACAGUCGUGGAAGCAGACAGAAAAUCGUUUCUCAUGGAAGAAUUUUGUCGACACUGUACGAGAAACAACAGCAGCUCAGCAAGCACUGUUGGUGGCUAAAAACAUUGACUUAUUUCCGACAAAUCAAGAACGUUUUACUGAAGGAAACAUAGAUGUGUGGUGGAUUGUUCAUGAUGGUGGUAUGCUGAUGUUACUGCCUUUUCUCCUUCGGCAGCACAAGGUUUGGAGAAAAUGUAAAAUGCGUAUCUUCACUGUCGCUCAAAUGGAUGAUAAUAGCAUUCAAAUGAAGAAGGAUCUUCAGAUGUUCUUAUAUCAUCUUAGACUGAAUGCUGAAGUGGAAGUUGUUGAAAUGUUUGAAAACGAUAUUUCUGCGUUCACAUAUGAGAAGACACUUGUGAUGGAACAGCGAUCUCAGAUGCUAAAACAGAUGCAGCUAUCAAAGAAUGAAAGGGAAAGAGAGAUUCAGAGCAUCACUGAUGAGUCUCGAGGCUCAAUCAGAAGAAAAAGCCCCUCCAGUCCACAGUCCAUUGGCCAAGAUGCGCAGGCACUGCUGACUGAUUAUCGAGAGGAGGAGGCUCAGCUGAUCCAUGACAGAAACACUGCCUCGCACUCAGCUCCAGCGGUCAAAGCAAGUGUGGCUGCUGCUGUGCCGGAAAAAGUGCAAAUGACCUGGACUAAAGAAAAGUUUGUAGCUGAAAAGCAUAAACCCAAAGAUUCAAAUGUGUCUGGCUUUAAAGAUAUUUUCAACAUGAAGCCAGAAUGGGGAAAUCUGAAUCAGUCAAAUGUGAGAAGAAUGCACACUGCUGUGAAGCUCAAUGGAGUAGUGCUUAAUAAAUCACAGCAUGCUCAGCUAGUUCUCCUGAAUAUGCCUGGACCUCCUAAAAACCGAAAAGGGGAUGAAAACUACAUGGAGUUUUUGGAAGUUCUGACAGAAGGUCUGGAUAGAGUUCUCCUGGUCCGAGGCAGUGGACGUGAAGUGAUCACCAUUUAUUCUUAACCUGUUUGCACAUUUUGUUCAAACCUGCCCCCCC